CGAGAAAGAGUUAAAGCGAGCCUCGCACAAACUUUGCAGCGAGCUGAGCUCAGAGCGUCCCUCCCUUCGCUCGGAGCCGGAGCUCGGCUCAUCCCCUCCUGGUGCUGCCGAGGGAGGGAGAAAGGCAGGGAGGCUCUGCCCGCAUCCAUCCCACAGAGCAGCUCAGCCAGAGCAGCUCCCUGGCCCUUGCCCUGCCCCUGCAGGGACCCAGGGGUGCUCUCCAUCAUCAGCGGUGCCCUCCCUCAAUCAGCAGUGCCCAUCAUCAGCGGUGCCCUCCAUCAGCAGAACCACCCUGCCCUGGUGGCAUCCCAGGGUCGGGAUUUCAGUGCCAUCCCUGCCUCGGAGAUCCACAGCAGAGGAGGAAAGUGCACUGGGCUGGAGGGCACUGUGCUGGCUCCAGGACAGCAGAGCCUUCUGCACAGACCCCACCGAGGAGAUGCUCCCGGGGACACCAACAGCAGCGAGCUCAUGGUGUGGAGCAGGGGCUCUGGAGCCUCAUCCCAGCCCUGCUGCCAGCUCUGAAAGAAAUCUGACUUUUUGACCGUUCCUAAUGAGAAACUCGGAACUCCAGACUCCUUAAGCCCUGAAUUAGGAGAGAAGAGAUCCUCCCAGACGUUUGGCAAAGCAAAAAACAACCUUCCCCAGCUCACCCAAGGAUAAACCACCUGCUGUGGGAGAGAGAAGCUGGCAGAAAGCUGAUUGCUCAGUCUGUCUGGAAAAACAACACUUGCAAAGACCAAAGCUGUGCCAACCUUCGCAGCUCAGCUUGAGACAAGAACCAAAGCUUUUCACCAUCCAGAGGAGGUGACCUACCAAGAGGAGGCCCAAAGUAUUUAUAGGAUGGAAUAAAAGCCAGAAGGAAGUGUAAAGCACAAGUGUGAUGCUCGUUGUCAUUAUGACAGCGAGGUGCAAAAUGGUCUGCACAGGCCUGUCCCUCAGUUGUGUGAGCAGCAGCCUCAACACCGAGGGGAUGGAGCAGCUCCUGCUGAAGCCAUCCUGCCAUCUGUGCUGAGUUUCCUCUCCUGACCUCCUCUGUGAGCCUGGUGAGGGGAGACAGGAGAUCUGAAGGUAAAUACAGAAAAUGGACCAAAGCUGACAGAGAGCAAUGACUGAGAUUUAUUUCAAGUUCCGCGGGAACCUGACUGGCCGCGUCCACCUUCCAACCCUGGCUACUGAAGUAGACACAACAGCAGACAAAUAUUCUGGCCUCUAUGUGUACGUGGGGCUGUUCCUAACCCUGCUGGCUCUCCUCCUGAUCCUGCUCUUCUCCAUGCUCCUGCGCCUCAAGCAUGUCGUGUCCCCCAUCACCUCCCCAGAGAGCACUGAGAACGUGCAGCACUUCACGGACGUGGAAAUGCACAGCAGGAUCCCCACCACGUAGGGAGCCCACAGCAAAGAGGGCUCUGUGCUUGGGAAAGGUGCUUUUUGUUCAGCAAAGGUGGUGGACAGAAGCUCUGGCUGCCUGCUGAGCCCCACAAGUUCUUGCAAAGCCUCAGCAGCAUCUGGAGGGUGUCGCUGGCACCACGGGCAGCAUGUGUGCAGCAGCCUCCAUAAAAUGGACAUCACAGAAACCUGCUGCUGUCAGGGAAGGCUCACACCCCCCUAAAAACCUUGCAGAAAAUGGGAAAAGCCACAUUAAUGACAGCCAAAAACCCAGAGAAACAUAGCAGAAUGUGUCCUGGAGCCUGUGUUUGCUGACCUCUCUCUCUGAACCAACAAAGCUGAAGUGGUGUAAGUGGGAAGAGCCCACAGGGCACACACAGAAAUUGUGGGUGGCUUGAAAAUUCUCAGGCAUUUCUCACAUUCAAGAAGGAAAACAUUAAAUUGUUCUCUUUCACUUGAAUGGCAAUUAAACAAUGGAUCUUCACAAAUAUAGAAAUCUUUCAUCACCUGCUGGAACUACGUCUUUCUGACAUUAGAACCCAUUUAGCGAAUAGUUGCACACCAGAUAUCAAAAAGAGACAGAACUUUAAAGAGGAAAGAGAAUAAAGCCAAAAUUGAAGCAAGGUUUAAAACAAAAAGAAGCAGCAGCAGCAGGAAAUGCGAUUUAAAAAAUUAUAAGACACUCUACCUCUUCCUUAGUCCUUCUUUAUAUUAACUGAGCAGAACGCAAACAUUUUAUGCUCCCAUGCUUUUAGGCUCCCCAGUAUCACUCAGUCAUUAAAAUGCAGUGUAAGCUUUGGGAGCCCAAUUGACAUUGCUCUCCCAACAGACUCCACUUCAUAAUAACAUCUUCUCUCAUAUCCAUAUUGGGUUUUUUUCCUCAAAAGACAGACGAGUUCUUCCAAAGAUUUUUCGUUUGUUUUCCUCCAAAGAAAGCUGAGGAGAUGCCCAGGCCUGGCACUGCAAUAAGGAAUUAGUG